UCGGACAUGGCGUUGGCCCGUAGGACCUUUGCCAACCUCUCCACAAAUCUCAGCGUAUUAGUUUCUCGAUUGGCCAGUACUUCGUGUCCCACGCCCCCUUGUCCUGCACCCGCGGUGCCUCUACCGCGUUGGCACGCCUCUUCCUCCGCCACUAGUGUUGCUGCCCCCCGUCUUAGAUACGUCCUUGGCUGCAGUGGUACUACUGCAUCCGCCUCUGCGCAGCGGUGCCAUCAGCUGGCUACGGUGUUGCCUGAUCCCUGGUCUACCUGCUUCGCUUCUGCGCAUCGCGCCUUCCGACUCUGCACCGGGACCGGAGCGAUAGAUGAGGCGAGGAAAGAUGAGGAUGCCGGAGGAGAGGUUGAACAAGCGGAAGGAAAUGAUAACGCGUCCACUAGUCCUAAUCAACCUAUUUUCAAACGAUUUGAUUGGCAUUAA